CAUUGUCAAAUUACUUUUAUCAAAAAAUAUUUUUGAAUUGUGUUUACAAAAUAUAAUCGCGAAAACAUUUUUUAAGUUAUAUAAUGGAUAUCAUAGACACAUUAGAAGGUGGUGAACGAGUGACUAGUACAUACGCUGAAAAUUAUUUUGAUGAUGAAUACAGCCCUUGUCAGAAUAACAAAAAUGGACCGCCAUCAAUAGAUAGCGAAAAACAUGAAAACAGUAAGAAAUCAAAAAAUAGUCUAAAUGGGUUCCAAGAAAACUGGGUAUCACCAAGUGAUUUACUUAUUGGAAAAAUAGAACUCACUCCUCCAUUUACGUCUAAAAUAACUAGAGGAAUUACUCAUGAGGGUAUUCUAUCCAUCGGUAAUGGCAUAUUGGCAAAGGUACGACAAAAAUUUGAAACUGAACUGAGACGAUUGCUUCGGGACAAUGAUGCUUCUUGGAACCAUAUUUUAUUGCAUGAGAAGCAGCAAGUUAAACUUAAAGUAAGGAAUUUAUUCAAGAAAAUAUUUGAAGAGAAAAGUAAAAUAAUGACUUCAGAAAUAGAUAAUUUUUAUGAAAACUGCCUUCAUGAGCUAGAAAACCAUUUGCGUUCUGAAAUACAACAUGUCCUGGUCAGUGCUCAUGCAAAUAUAACCAGCGAUUUAAAUAUAGAAAUAAACAAGAGAUUAAAGAAAGAAAGGUCUGCCCUCGAGAAAGUUUUAGAAAAGCAAUACCGGUCGGAAAUAAAUAAGAUAACCAAAUACUAUAAAAUAAUGUCAGAUUAUGAAUUUAACAAAAAUAGCAAGCUUAUAUCAAAAGCGCUACAUGAAAGAAACGACGCGUUAAAUGUUUUCUAUAAACAAAUUGAAGCCGAGACUAUGACUAGUACUAUGUAUGUGCUAAGUAUGGAAAGAAAGAAAUGUAAAAUAAAACAAUUUUUGCUUGAAAAUUAUCAAACCUCCGAAAUAAAAGAAAGGCUUGAAAUAAUUAAAGCAAAACAAGGGAUAAUAGAUUCAUAUAAGGAAAAAGAACGGUUUAUAACUGACAUCGACUUUGAAUGGAAAGAAAAAAUAAAAAAAAUUGUACAGUUAUUUUUGAAGUUUAUAAGCUUUAGUCUGAAGUUGCUUCCUGAACAGACUACUUUUUUGCUAGAUUUGGAAAAAAUGUUUGUUUUGCAACUUAAUGAAAUUCAAAAACAUCCUCAAGCAGCACCACAGAUAUUGGUGGAAGCUGAAAAUAAUUUAACCAAUUCAUUCAAUUUUGAUGAAGCGAAUGUUACAUGUGAUAAGGAACCAUUUAAGGUGGUUGGUGAUACUUCGGAUUCCAUCCCAACACCUUACGGUAGCCGCGAAACCUUACCUUCGCACGUAGAUUUGCCCGCAAUAACGGUUUUACUGGAGGAAAGAUUUGUUUAUGCCAAAUGCAACAAGUUUGAUCAAGUGAAAGCGUUCCUAGAAUCAUGCAAAUGCCUUGAAGAACCCGCGACAUGUACAUGUUAUAGAAAUAAUGAAAAAGAACCGCCAUCGAACCUAUCCGUUUUCAAAUCAGCUUCUAUUCCUGUUGAAUUAGAUCAAGAAAGUCAAUCGAUUAAAAGUGAAUCUUCGAUUGAACUAAUGCAGCUAGAUGAUUUCAAUCGAUUGCAAAAUUGCCCAUUUAAAUACUGUCGUGAUUUGAGUAAGCAUAUGACUCUUGAUAUAUCUAAUUUUGUUGAAUUUACUGAAGAAAAUUUGAAAACAGUUCAAAAUCGAUUUACUUUUCCGCUUAAAGAGGCCGAAAGACCAAAAUUAAUGAGUGCCAAAGAAAUUGCACACAGAAAGCUGCCUUUUGUCGAGGGUGUGAAGCUGGGCACACGUUAUCAUGAUGCGGUAACUCAGUGCUCUAGUGACGAGGACAUGCCAUUCAUAGAAAACGAAAAGGAUCUUCCAGAAUGUACUUGUGUGCAGCAGCAUACUUCUCAGCAGUUAAAAGAUUAUAAUGAAAAAGAGUCCAGGAGCAAACUGAUUAACGAGAUAAUGACGAAGCGCAGAAUUUCUAUGCAACGUUUAUUCCUUAGUAACCCCAACUUACUGAGGAUGUUUACCGAUGAAAGUUACAAUGUAAAGAUUUAAAAGCAUUUUUUU